AUGAAGAAGUUUCGGAAGGUAUUGGACGGUUUGACAACCUCCUCACCAGGGGGGACUAUCGGAUCUCCAUCGUGCGGCAGCGCGGCCGGGACUCCCACCGCAGCGCCAACUCCCAAGGAUAUCGACGUCCAAGAGACGCUGGUGUCGGAAAACUUUCAGCUGUGUAAGACGGUUCGUCAUGGUUUCCCUUACCAGCCCACUGCUUUGGCCUUUGACCCUGUGCAGAAGCUCCUGGCCAUUGGCUCCAGAUCAGGCGGCGUGCGGAUAUUGGGGCGACCUGGGGUGGACUGCUACUGUCAGCAUGAGAGCGGAGCAGCUGUUCUUCAACUGCAGUUCCUCAUCAAUGAGGGGGCGUUGGUCACAGCCUGCGCAGACGACACGCUACACUUGUGGAAUCUCCGUCAGAGGCGGCCAGCUAUCCUGCAUUCACUCAAAUUCAACAGAGAGAGGAUCACAUUUUGCCACCUUCCCUUCCAGAGUAAAUGGCUGUACGUGGGGACGGAGCGCGGAAACACACACAUCGUCAACAUCGAGUCCUUCAUUUUGUCGGGAUAUGUCAUCAUGUGGAAUAAGGCCAUUGAACUAUCAACUAAAACUCAUCCAGGACCUGUGGUUCAUUUGAGCGACAGCCCGAAGGAUGAAGGCAAGCUGCUUAUCGGGUUUGAAAGUGGGACGGUUGUACAGUGGGACCUAAGGGUCAAGAAGGCUGACUUCAGAAUCUACUACGAUGAGGCUAUCCAUUCAGUCGGCUGGCAUCAUGAAGGGAAGCAGUUCAUGUGCAGUCACUCAGACGGCAGCCUGACCAUGUGGAACCUCAGAAACACCACCAAGCCAUUCCAGGUCACCUUCCCGCACGGAAAGAUACAGAAGGAUGGGAGGAAGGAGUCAUGUAAACCGAUCCUCAAAGUGGAGUACAAGACCUCAAGGAACAGCGAGCCUUUUAUCAUCUUCUCUGGGGGUCUUUCUUAUGACAAGGCAGGACGGCGGCCAACAUUAACCAUUAUGCACGGCAAGGCCAUCACUGUGCUGGAGAUGGACUAUCCGAUCGUAGAGUUCAUGGCCCUCUGUGAGACUCCUUACAACAACGAGGUCCAGGAGCCAUAUGCAGUGGUGGUGCUUUUGGAGAAGGACUUAAUUGUGGUGGAUCUGACACAGAGCAACUUUCCUGUCUUUGAGAAUCCUUACCCCAUGGACAUCCACGAGUCUCCAGUUACCUGCACAGCCUAUUUUGCAGAAUGUCCUCCCGACAUUAUCCCCAUCCUGUACUCCAUAGGAGCUAAACACAAGAAGACCGGAUACAGCCAAAAGGAGUGGCCAGUUAGUGGAGGGACAUGGACGUUAGGCUCCCAUACCUACCCAGAGAUCAUCAUCACAGGACAUGCUGAUGGAUCAAUUAAGUUUUGGGAUGCAUCUGCCAUCACACUACAGAUGUUGUACAAGUUGAAGACCUCCAAGGUGUUUGAAAAGCCAAAGGUGGGUGAGGGCCGGGCUGCCGAAUUGGUGGAGGAGGACCCCUUUGCUGUUCAGAUGGUCAGCUGGUGCCCCAAGAGUCGCAUCUUUUGUGUAGUCGGCAUCUCAUCCCACAUCAUCUUGUAUCGCUUCAGCAAAUACGACGCUAACACACAGAUAGUGUCACUAGAGCUGCGUCUGCAGUGUGAGUCAGAGGAUGUCAACUCUCCAUCAGAGAAUGAAAACACUCCCUGCUUCUCAGAGCCUGGCUCUCACUCACCCCAGCCCCACCAGCAGCCAGCAAGCCCUGGCAGCGGGACACUAGAGGGUAUCAAAGACAGCAUCCCCUAUCUCAAAGUGAAGGACCGGGUGGUUCGUGUGCCCCCUGGCUACCAGGCAGAACUGGUUAUCCAGCUGCUGUGGACAGAUGGAGACCCUCCACAACAGAUCACCAGCUUGGACAUCAACUCUGCCUAUGGCCUUUUGGCAUUUGGGAACUGUAAUGGCCUAGCGGUGGUGGACUACUUGCAGAAAACCAUCCUCUUGUGUAUGUCGACACUGGAUCUAUAUGGAACCGCUGAUCCCUACCAGCGCCUUACCCGCUCCCCCCGCAGGAACAGACAGUCCACCUCAGGUAAGUUUUGCAUGCGUGGCCUGUCUAACUUUUAUUCAGAUUCAAAGAAAAGGAUUCGUACAUCCUAUCAGAGCCUUACUGAACUCUCUGACAACCAGCAGUCCAUUGACAUGGAGAGAAGCAAGUCGCCCACUUCAGAUCAUGUAAAUGGACAUUGCACUAGCCCCACCUCCCAGCCCUGCUCGGCGGGGAAGCCUCGCAUCCCGAUGGGUCAGGAGGGGCCACGGCUUACCCGCAGAGGCCCUGGCCGACCGCCCUUCCGCAAGGCCCAGUCCGCUGCUUGCAUGGAGAUCUCUUUGCCUGUGUCCCACACUGAAGAGAGUCGUGAAAACUCCUUCAGCCGCUCACGCAGCUCCAGUGUGUCCAGCAUCGACCGGGACACCAAAGAGGCAAUCACCACUCUGCAGUUCGGAGAGUCAUAUGGUCGAAAGAGUGACGCCCAACCCACACCAUGUCUGUGGGUAGGCACCAGUUUAGGUGUGGUCUUACUCAUCCCAAUGUCCAUUCCCACUGAGCAAGAGGAAAGGAUGGAGGAAUCUGUCACCAUUGGCCCCAGUGGAACGGUCAUGAUGCUGAAAGGCUCUGUGUUGCGCUUUGGCUUCUUGGACUGCAUGGGAGCACACAUUCAAAGCCCCUAUGAGGUUUGGCGAGACCUCAAUGCCCCUGAGGACCCUGACCGACCACGGAGGCGCAAGCUGGUAAAUUUUUCACCCUCGUCGUCCCAGGACGCUUGCGGAGAGGGACAUCUGGCUGUAGUGUGCUCCGAGAGGCAGGCCAAAGUAUUCUUGAUGCCCUCGCAGUCUUGCCUCUUUGUCCACAACAUCACUGAGUCGUCUUUUGUACUGCGAGCCGACAUUGUAUCUGUGUCUAACAGCGUGUGCCUGGCCUGCUUCUGCGCUAACGGACAUGUCAUGACACUCAGUUUGCCCAGUCUAAGACCGCUGAUGGAUGUCAAUUACCUGCCUAUGACAGACAUGCGCAUUGCAAGAACCUUUUGCUUCACCAACGGGGGGCAGGCGCUGUAUCUCAGCUCCCCGACAGAGAUCCAGAGAGUUACAUACAGCCAGGAGAUGUGUGACAACCUGCAGGAAAUGCUGGGAGAGCUUUUUACACCAACAGAAACACCAGAAGCCCAGAACAGAGGCUUUUUAAAAGGCUUCUUUGGAGGAAAUGCCAAUACAUUCGACAGAGAGGAGCUCUUUGGUGAGGCAGCAGCUGGGAAGGCUUCUCGGAGUCUGGCACAGCACAUCCCCGGGCAGGUGGGAAUGGAGGGCAUGAAGGUGGCAGCUAGCGGAGUGGUGGGUGAUCUGGCUCGGGCCCGCAUUGCUCUGGAUGAGAGAGGCCAGAGACUGGGAGAGCUGGAAGACCGAACCGCCCUGAUGAUGACCAGUGCAGAAACCUUCUCCAAACAUGCUCAUGAGCUGAUGCUUAAGUGCAAGGACAAGAAAUGGUACCAGUUCUAA